AUGUCAGCACCAAAUGCGGAUCCAUCGACCCUAUUACCAGGACGAACAGUGCAAGGUUCAACGACUGAUGAUGCUGUCAGUCACGCUUCUCGUGAGCAGUCAGCUUCUGCUGUCCCCUCGACACCGCAAGAGACACGAUCUGAUACUUUAAAUAAUGCAGGAAGUGCUCCUGCAGGUGCACCAAGCAGUCUCGGGAUACAGCCAGGAGAGGAGCGGGAAAGGAACGAGCCUCCCACACAACCACGGGAGGAACAGCUAUCGACAGCCGCUCGCUAUGGUCGUCCCAUAGUGCCAGCACCUCCUCCGCAGAGCCAGCUGACUUACCACGCAAACUCACCGCAGCAGCAUCCCAGCCCGAACGCACCUCAAUAUACAGGCGGACCACAAGUCUACUUCACACCGGGGCAGCCUCUAUUGAUGCGACAAUGUCCCAGGUGCCAUCUGGUAGCUGGACAGCCAUUCGAGUCUCAUCCACCAUAUGCGCCGUACGCACCACCCGCACCUUACGCGCCGCCUGUUCAGCAGAACCGAUGGUCGGAACCACCGCAUCAGGUACCUGGCACUGCAAACUCCACGCCAGCCAAGCAGCAACCAGUACCAAUACUUCCCAAGCAGCCUCCACCACAGCCAGCUCAGCUCCGACCACACCCGCAACCACUAUACCGACCCUCGACCAAUCCGCCUCCUGGUCCAUCCACUCCGACAUCUUCUCAAAGACCUCAAGAUACCAGACAUCACAACUGGGCUCCAGGUGACCCGAACCACCCUAAUGCUCACAUGUAUGUUGAUGCUCAUAACCGUCGACCGUUCGAGAACGCACACCCUGUUCCUCCUCCUGCACUAACAGCUCCUAUGCCACCAACGCAACCCACUAUGCCUCAAAGACCAAUACAUCCAACUCCAACGCCUCAAAACCCUGUUUCAAAAAACCCAACAGCUCCUACCCCGGGCCCCCAGAACCCGGACCUAUACCCGCGUCGCUUACCAACACAUUACGCUGCCCAGAAAAUAGCAGAAUAUCGAGAAGCGCAGGCACGCACCUCAACCCAACCACACAAUGUAACUCCUCCACCAACGAACGAUCUAGCCUUGCAAAGAGAUCUACACAACCUCGAACAUCCGGAAGAAUACCUCGUAAAAUGUCCCGACGGCACCCUACGCGUCCGCAAACGACGAGCACCAAUCAGACCCUACAAGAGACGUCUCACCCGCGACGAACGACGUGACAUCCUCCUCAUGCGCAGGCUCGAAUACACGUUCGAACAAAUCGCCCUCUUCCUCGGAACCACACUCAGCGCCGUCAGCUACACUGUGCGACAAAACACACCGGAUGUGAAGCACGCAAACGCAGGCAGGCGGUACAAAUGGCCUCAAGAAUUGACAGACAAAUUAAUCCCAUUCGUGGAACGAUAUCUCGCGAAAGAAAGAGCAGCAGGCGUCGAUCCAAAGACUGGCAAGAAGAAGAUCCCACCAUUGACAUACAAGGCUAUCCGAGAGGCGAUUUUUCAAGAUGAGAAUGGAGAGCCUUUACCGCAGUAUAAGAAGUUCACAGACGAUGCGAUCAAGGCGAAAUUGAAUAAACAUAAUUUAUACUUGAGGCCACCGAUGAGUCAAGCCAAGGUUGAGGAGGCGAGAGCUAGAGGGAAGAGAUUGUGGAAGGAGAAGGUUGAGAAGGAUAGAUUGGAGGCUGAGAGGGCUGCUAGGGCUGGGGGUGCUGGGGAGGCAGAGGGUAGUAGUACUGCUGCUGCUCAGAGUGGAUCGAGUGCUGGGCGUGGAUAUGCUGAAGUUAUUGAGAUAGAUAGUGAUCAGGAGAUGGAUGAUGUGUUUAGUGGGACGGAGUCGAUACCGAGCGACGAAGACGAUGGGGACGAUGCUGAGGAUGAUGAUGUACGAAUGGGACAUCAUUUGACGCAGGCGAUGAGGCAGCACGUCCCUGUACAGAUGCAUCGUUGA